ACAACAACGAAAAAACAAUUAGUUUGAUCAUAUGAUUCUGGAGUAACAGCAAAAGCCAGCAAACAGCAUAGUCGUAAACGAACAAAACGAUUACCGAUUAUUCAUUCUCGAUCGAUAAUCACAAACCCUAACGCAAUCAAAUUAAUAUAAUCAGAUUCUGCAAAAAUAGGUGCCUGCGUUUCCAAACCCAAGGGGCUUCGAAGAGCCUCUUCAUCGGAAGUGGUGGUUUAUUCCGAACCUCCACCUCCGGCUGAAUCAAAGAGUCUCUUCAAGCCUAAGCCUCGAACUCCUUCUGACAUUGUUCGUAACACUAGAGAUCUUCUUCGUCUUCUCCAAAAUUCUACCGAUAAUAACAAACGGGAUAAUGACAAGUUGAUCGAGUUGUUUAAGAAUUUAAGGGAGCUGAAAACAAUUCUGUAUGGAAAUAGUGAAGCUGAACCAGUUCCUGAAGCUUGUUCACAGUUGACUCAAGAGUUUUUUAACGAUAAUACUUUUCGACUUCUUGUUCAGUGUCUUCCAAAAUUGAAUUUGGAGGCUAGGAAAGAUGCUACUCAAGUUGUUGCUAAUCUACAGAGACAACAGGUUCAAUCCAGGCUGAUUGCAUCCGAUUACUUGGAGAAAAAUAUGGAUAUUAUGGAUAUUUUGAUAUCUAGCUAUGACAACCCAGAGAUGGCUUUGCACUAUGGUACAAUGUUAAGAGAGUGCAUAAGACAUCAGAUUGUUGCAAAAUAUGUUCUGGAAUCACCUGAUAUGAAGAAGUUUUUUGACUACAUUCAACUUCCGAAUUUUGACAUAGCCGCAGAUGCUGCGGCAACUUUUAAGGAACUCAUGACGAGACAUAAAUCUACUGUAGCCGAAUUUCUUUCCAAGAAUUAUGAAUGGUUUUUUGCUGAUUAUAACUCUAAGCUACUGGAAUCUUCCAAUUAUAUUACAAGGCGUCAAGCUGUGAAGUUGUUGGGAGAUAUGUUACUUGAUCGUUCAAAUGCAGCUGUAAUGACAAGAUAUGUCAGCUCCAGAGAAAACUUAAGGAUUUUAAUGAAUCUUUUGAGAGAGUCAAGCAAGAGUAUACAGAUAGAAGCAUUUCAUGUUUUCAAGCUAUUUGUUGCCAACCAAAGGAAACCACCUGAUAUCAUUGGCAUACUUGUUGCGAACAGAAGCAAGCUUCUAAGAUUGUUGGGCGAGUUGAAAAUCGAUAAAGAGGAUGAACAAUUUGAAGCUGACAAAGCUCAAGUUAUGAAGGAAGUUGCUGCUCUUGAACCCAGGGAGUAGGGACCAUCCUUGAGCUCCAUAUCGUGUGAAAUAGCAAGUUGCAUUGCGCCAUUUCAUUUCAUUCGAUUGACUAUUUUUUACAGUUCUUUUUAGUCUUCAUUAAGUUGAGAUUUGUUUCCAUUUUCAUAAUUUUAUUUUGGUUCUGUAAAUUUAGUAGAUUAAUAAAUUGCUAAAAUGAGAUACAUACAGUAGAAAUAUGGCUUUCUUGGUGUUUAGAAAGCUUUACCUUAGCAACUCAGGAUUAUAAAUUGCACCAGGUUAUGCCAAAUUUGACCAUCUACAAAUUGUAGGGUUAAUUUAUUGUUAGUUCUGUA